CGCCGCUCGGCGGAGCCGCCGCUCCCACACGCUGCGCGUCGCCCGUCGCUCCGCGGCGCAGUCGGCGCACACGUGUACACCAUGAGACGCUGGCGGGUGCGCCUGCUGCGGCUGUGCCGUAACAAGGCCAAAGGGCCGCUGUUCACCGUGUUCGCUAUGUGCUGUGUGCUGCUCACGCUGUCGAUCGUGCAGAGCUGGCUGCAGGGGAGUCAACGAUCCAUCUCAGACUCGGAGGCGCUUCAGUCCCUCUCAGAUAUGGCCGAGCUGCUGGAGGAGGGCGCCGGCCGUCCCGACCUGGCCGACCAGCUGCGCAACGAUAUCGCCGCCGACACCGGGCUCGAACCGCCCGAGGACGACGGCGAGAACGAACGAGAAGUCAUGGAGUUCGAGGAUGGUGUGAGCCAGGCGAACAUCAGCAAGUCAUCGAGAGACCCGGAGGCCGACAUCGACCGGGAUCUCAGCUGCACCACCCACAUCAUGUUCCUGGCCGACAGUCAGCUCGGCAACUUCAUGGUCAAAUACGCGGUGCUCUACGGAUUCCAGCGGAAAUACAGCGCCAAAGUCUACCUUUUCCCAAAACAAUACCGAUUCGCAAAUAAAAUAUUCAAGAAGCUCUCCAUCGAUGUCGUACCAGAUGAGCUAAAGACGGCCGACUGGAGGCCGGUCAGCUACGAGGACAUCAUGUACAUGCUGCCCUGCAACAAAUACGUCACAGAAGAGGAGUUCUUCAUCGUGACUGACUGGCCGGCGGACAACGGUCUUCAGCUCUAUUCCCAAUACGUGGACGAACUCCGAAAAGACUUCGAGUUCACACCUGCAUUUAGAACUAGGGCUCGGAGGUACACCGAACGCUUCCGUGCCUCGCCCAACACGACGCUGGUUGGCAUCCACGUCAGGCGGGGAGACCAUAUUCUGCACACAUGGUUGCGUCACCAGCGGAAGGUUCCCGACCUGGACUACUUCAACAAGUCCAUGCAAUAUUACGCCGCCAUGUUUCCCGACGUCCGCUUCGUGGCCUGUUCAGAUGACAGGCGGUUUCUGCUGAACAAGCUGGUGCCCAACGCGCCCUUCCCCAUCUAUACAAUCGACAGUGUGAACCAGGUGCACGACAUGGCGCUGCUGGCCGCCUGCGACCACACCGUCAUCACCGUGGGCACUUUCGGCCUGUUCUCGGGAAUGCUCACAGGGGGCAGCAUCGUCGCCGCGUCGCGCCACACCGGCACUCGGGGCGACCCGUUCGACAUUCAGGUCAACCCGCCCGGAGACAUCGGCCAGGCGUUCCUGUGGAAUUAGCGACUGUGCAGUGAGACAUGGGUGGUGUCUCUGGUCUCACCGGUGAUAGCAGUACGUUGCUAUUCCGUUUCGCGAGCUGACGUCACACUUGUGGGGCAAUAGGCUUGUUGACGUCAUGGAGUAAUCCAAUUUGACACGUGCAAUGGCAGCGUGCUGCUAUCAUCGGUGAAACACCACCGUGGACAGGAGUGUGCCUGGAAGCGUGUGGAACAUGUGAUCUUUGUGAUGGGGUCCAUAGUUUUCGAUCUAGUUUGGGUAUGAGCGUGGACGGCGAAAACAGGAGCCUGGAGGACAUACGAGCCUGCCGACUCGUAGGUGACCAUCUUAAGUCACGUCAUAAACUACUCCAUGUCACGGAAUAAUAUUCGUAGAUUGAUAAUACUCAUAGACUCGUCUAUGGUCACGUGAUCAAAGAUGAAGCUUUCCUUCUUCCGUAUCAUUUGCCUGUGCGAUAGAGCUCAGGUCACGUGCUCAACGAGGCAGCUUUUAAGAUGUCUAAAAACCUCCCGCGGGCACCUGUAUUCACCGUUCACCGGUAUCAGGAGGUAUUAGUCGGGGCUGGCAGCGCCACCUGUCGAUAAGUAUUUAAAGUAUUUUUGGCUGUCUGACUGAGCUGACAUGACCGUUGACACCAAUGACGGGCUUUUCAUUUCUACACUUUGAGGCUUUGAGCAUGAAUUGGAUUCCGAAGAUGACAUUAGCGUCAUGACCUCUGACGUCACUGAUAUGCGGUCUGCUGGGCCACUGUAAACCCGAUUAUUAAGGGAAUUUACCAAACUGCUGUUAACCUAUGAAUAGGUUAUGGAAAUAACGUUACGGUCCAAGGCGGACAUGAGGACAGGUGGCGCCGCCGCCGCUCGCAUAGCGGCGGGAAUGUGAACUAACCUGUUUACCAUAAAGGACUGUGCUAACGGCCGCUGCGGGCGCCGUUUCGGGUUAGUUUUGACUUUGUACCGCAACUAAUGGUUUAUUUAUAAUAAAAAAUGGACUAGCGAGAGUCGUGCCGGAAUCAGAAUUCAAUGUUCUACAAAACUAAGCCAUUUUCAUUGUGAUCACGUCAUAGACUUCACCGCCCAACCCAAUAAAGCAGAAAUAUGUCGUGUGACCGGUGAUUACAUGCAAGAAUUCUUUGGCAUAUAGCAUAAAAACCAGAACACCUUUGACUGCAGCGACUAUGCGGUACUACAGAAAAUUGUAUGGCCUGCCUAAUGGUGCCCAUUACUUAAUAAUUAAGUUGAGUAUUUCGUCGACUAACUCUUGUAAAACCGUAUGUCCGCUUGUCUAUGGAGUUUGGACCGUAACGACGAAUGUUUCUCGUCCAAGCGACCUAUAACAGUCGGCAAAUGUGGGUCUGGUAUGUACUACUAACAUCGUGUAUCAAUUCAAUAUGUCGCAUAUCGUUCCAGUGUGGUAUAUGUCAUAUGUAUGUGCGUUAUUGUUUGAACUUUGAACAAUAAGUACUGUGUUCUGAAAACUGUCAAUAGGUACUCUUUGAUAGGUUCACGCUCUUACUGUACAGAUGUGGUGCGCUGCGGGAACCUUUAUUUUGUUACACAUGGUCACUGCGCUGCAUUGCAUGCAUGCUUAGUGACAGUUUUACUUUGUGUAAUGUGCACCGAGAUGUCGAAUUGUAUGGAAUGUGGCAACAUGACGUCUGCUAUGAGUUGGUUUUGCGAAUACAUUUUGUAAAUGGAAACUUAAUAUAAAUCUUCAUUAAGUUUCUCCAUCAGUAUUUCAAGUGUCGGAUGUGUGUCAUAACCUUUGCGAUGAAAGUUAGUUUGGAAUGAGUACGUAAUUUAAGAAUAAAACAUUCAAUGAAUAUUGAAUAGCGUACAAUAUUGUAUAAGGAUGUGAUAUAAUAAAUAAAUGGAUACUGAAUA